AUGGAAACCCUUGCGGGAAAAACCACAGGCAGAGGUAGAGGAUGUUUCACUAUAAUGAAAGGAGAGGAGUACAAUGUAGAGAAUGAAUGCCGGAUCAUCUCCUAUAUCAAGAUCUUUUCGACUAACCACUCGAUAAAUCUGAGUGAGUACUUCUGUGAAGGAGUUUUGAGUGCCUCGAGUGCAGAUGUUUCCAUGAAGAAAGUGUUCUCUCUUUCUGCAAAACCACUUGAUUCACCCGUGGGGACAUCUCUGAAGUGGCGUAUAUCCGCCUUAAGUAGUCCCCACGAGCAUUACAACGAUGUUAUGACUGGUGAAAUACCCAAAGAGAUAAGCAAUCUCGUUGAGUUGGAGGAACUUGAUCUUGCGAAUAAUAGUUUUAGUGGUCGACUUGAUACAGAGAUCUUCAACAUAUCAGGGCUGAGAAUAAUUGAUUCAUUCAACAAUCUAUCAGAAAGCCUCCCACCAAUCUUAGGUUCUAUCUUACCCAACAUUGAAGAGCUUUAUCUAAACAACUUAAACAAUCUUGUUGGGACUAUUCCUCAGUCCAUCUCCAAUUAUUCAAAACUUACUCGUCUAGAGCUUUCUAACAACCAAUUCACGCGCUUGAUUCCCAAUUCUCUUGGAUCUUUGACUCAUCUAAAGUUAAUUUAG